AUGACCGCUACGACGUCGACACUCCGGUGGACAACCCUCGAGACGUCCAUGCAAAUGCAGUCGUGUCACUUGUUCUGGCACAAGGUGACGUUGAAGAUCAUCCUCAAGCGGGAGUUGAUCGACUGUGCGCCAAGUCGAGAAGUGCCGAUGCUGUCCAUUCACCGGUCUCGACGGUUCGGUGGUGACGUUGAGAUCGAGCUGGGGGGAGGCGUCCAUCCCGUCCGGAUGCUCCCCGUUUCAGGCAAAGACGUGCGGAAGCUGCGCUUUGGUCUCGUGCACGGCCCUCGACGCAAACGCAUUCGACUCUGUGCCCCUAACGUCGCAACGUACGACCGCUGGGAGAUGCUGCUAUCAGUGGCUGUUGCAAAGGCAGCAGCCGAGCGCCCGACGUUCCCUUUGUGGCCGUACCCGGGACCAUCACCGAGCUUGUCAGCUCUAGAAGCGAGCUGUUUCUCGGACGACUUUGGCUUCAGUGACAAUGACAGCACGGACGUGAAUAAAGGCGGGGACGGUCGACACCAUCGACUGCUACAUGUCACGCAGAGGACUCCAAGUCGCAGCAGCAGCAGUAGCAGUAGCAGCCAGUGGUAG